AUGCCGUCGGGUACAAUGCCUGUGCUUUCAUUGCAUGAGACUCACUUGAGCGAGAUCUUUUCAACUCCAAGCCCAAAAGGCCCAAUCCUGACGAGACACUCCGACCUCUCGCUUCCCUUGCGCCAGCUCUUGUUCUCUCCUCGUCAGACGGCCAGCCUGGGGGAGAACGAUACCAGCAUGCUCUCCGAUGCUGAGGAGAGCAUGGCGGAUGAACUCUUGUGUAGCCUAUUGAGGGAAGAAGAAGAGCUUUCGCAGCUGCAAGACCAUCUCAGAGAAGCCUGCACUCACUAUCUGCAAACACAAGACGAGCACGAGCACGAGGACGAAGACGAGGACGAGGACGAGGAGGGAGGGAACGGGGAAGAAGAGCAGGGUGAGGGCGAGGACGGGUUAGUUGAGGAUCUUUUCGCUUCCGGGCCUUCAGGUGAAGUGGCUCUUGCCAAGUCCUUCCACGUGUGGAGGUCCCACACCACGAGCAUGCUAGACACCAGGCUGAGCGUUGAGGAGCGACGAUGCGGGAGCAGAAGGGAUCUGCUGUCGAGCUGUGUGGGCGCAUGGAAGGUUGAGAGGCAGGAGAGCAGGAGGUUGGAGAGACUGAGCAACUUUCUUUGGAAGCAAGGAGAUCGAGACUUGACGAAUUUCUUCUUCUUCUCUUGGAAACUCAACAGAGAAGCGUCGAAGAUCUCGGCGGCCGAGGAUGUUUGUAAGAGCAGCAUGAAGCAGAGGCCGCGCCAAGUUGAGAUUGCUCUCUGCGAAGAGUUUCUCUUCACGCACAUGAUGGACUCGGAGUUUGACUCGAACAGGGACGUGAAUGUUGUGCUGGAAGACGAUCUCAACAAUGACAAGGAAGGAUCAUCCGAUGAGGAGGUCGGCGACAACGGCUGGAGGAUGUCAGAAAAUGCUCAGAGUGCAGAUGCUACGAUAGCAGAGAAUCCCAUCGGUGGGAGCAAAGAUGUAGCUUGCAAUACUGAGGGUGAUGCCAACUUGGAAUGCAACGACAACAGUUUGUUCCAGUGUGAGGUGAACAAAGAAAUUGAGGAAUCUUAUGAAUCCUUUCCUGGACUGUUCGACAAGACAGAAACUGUCGAUGAUGUCAAUGUGCACGAGGAAGAAUAUGGGAGAAACGACACGAGCGUGAUGUCAGAAGCAGGUUGGUCUCAGGUUGAUCUUGAAGAUGUUAUGAUGCAGCAGAAAGAGGAGUUGUUGUCAAUGAUCAGAAGAAUGCAGAAUGAGCUGAAAAAGAAAGAGAAGAUCAUUGAAGAGCAACACCUUGAAUUGAACAUGUUCAGAAGACAAAGUUUGAACAGGUUGAGGUGUUACAAUCAUAUCGGAGAAGAGGAUUCUUCUCUGGUGAGGGCAAAGUUGUCACUGUGA